GUCUCUAACAGAGCAGCUCCUUCCAAGGACCGGGCUUUGAUGACAAGGGCUCUGUGUGAACAGCAAAGGCGCAGAUUCCUGAGCAGCUCAUCAAGGCUAAUUAGCCCUUUGCCUUUUAAGGUUAGUUCAGCAGCUGCCGGGUGCCACCAGCACAUCCCUUUCCUGCAGCGCUCUGGCCACGUUCCUGCACCACCGCCAGUCCCGCGGCAGCUCCGAUCCUCACCCAGGUGGGGAUUUGGGAUGGAGAGGAAAAACCUCUUGGUUUGCCCGUGGGGUCCCAGCGGGGUCCCCUCUGCCCCCCUUGGCCACCCCAUCACCCGAGGUGUCCCGCAGCCCCGUGGGCCACCGCCAGCCCCUCGCCCUCCAAAACAAACUGGCACCCGGCGCGCUCUCUCUGCCUUGACCGGAACGUGCCCAGUGAUUCAUUUCUAAAGCAAAAGCCCGGUGUUGACAUUGAGAGGGGUGUUAUCGCUGAUACCGCGGGGCGAGGGUGUACCUGUUGGUAUAAGAGCCACGCCGCUGUGCAGCCCGCACCCGCAGAGCCCCGCCGAGGCCAGCACUGCCGCCGCCACCAUGAAGCGCCUCUUCUUCCUCGCCGCACUCUGCCUCGCCCUGGGCAGUGGCUUGAAGAGGGUGACCCUGACACGGCACCGCUCCCUGCGGAAGACGCUGCGGGACCGCGGGCAGCUCUCCCAGUUCUGGAAAGCCCAAAAGCUCGACAUGGUACAGUACAGCGAGGACUGCUCUGCCUUCACAGAGGCCAACGAGCCCCUCAUCAACUACCUGGACAUGGAGUACUUCGGGCAGAUUUCCAUCGGGACCCCUCCCCAGAACUUCACGGUGGUUUUCGACACGGGCUCCUCCAACCUCUGGGUGCCGUCCAUCUACUGCACCAGCAAAGCCUGCACCGAGCACUCCAGGUUCCAGCCGUCGCGCUCGAGCACGUACGAGCCCAUGGGCAUCCCCUUCUCCAUCCAGUACGGGACCGGCAGUUUGACGGGGGUCAUCGGGUCUGACCAAGUCACCGUGGAGGGCCUGACCGUGACGAACCAGCAGUUCGCAGAGAGCGUCAGCGAGCCGGGCAAAACCUUCCUGGAUGCCGAGUUCGACGGGAUCCUGGGUCUGGCCUACCCGUCGCUGGCUGUGGACGGGGUCACCCCCGUCUUCGACAACAUGAUGGCCCAAAACCUGGUGGAGCUGCCCAUGUUCUCGGUCUACAUGAGCUCGAACCCGGACUCCUCCCUGGGUGGAGAGCUGCUCUUCGGGGGCUUUGAUCCCUCCCGCUUCUUGGGGACCCUGAACUGGGUGCCGGUCACGCAGCAGGGCUACUGGCAGAUCGAGCUGGACAAUGUGCAGGUGGGUGGCACCGUGGCUUUCUGCAAGGACGGCUGCCAGGCCAUCGUGGACACCGGGACGUCGCUCCUCACAGGCCCUACCAAGGACAUAAAGAAACUGCAGAAGUACAUCGGUGCCACGGCUGUGGAUGGAGAGUACGCCGUGGAUUGCAGCAACCUGAACGUGAUGCCCGACGUGACCUUCACCAUCAACGGGCUCCCCUACACGCUCACCUCCCGAGCCUACACCCUCAUGGAGUACAGCAACGGCAUGGCCUUCUGCACCAGCGGCUUCCAGGGCAUGGACGUCACCCCUCCUGCCGGCCCCCUCUGGAUUUUGGGUGAUGUUUUCAUCCGACAGUUUUACUCCGUCUUCGACCGUGGGAAUAACAGGGUGGGCUUGGCGCCCGCCGCCCCUUAGGGCCGCCGCACCCCGCGGGACGGGAGCGAAGCGGAGCCACCACUGGGCUGCGGCCACAGCC